AUGAAUACCAAUACUGGACCUCAUUCAACACCAACGGCAUCAGAGACCGGGACUAAGGGCUCGGAUUUCGGGAAUAAGAUAAGGGGAGCCGUGGAAGUGGUUCAUGGAGCGGGUGAGAACUUGCGUGGAACAAUGUUAGGGGCGGUGGAUACCAUGGUGCACCGAGGCCCGACGACGAAUGACGAUAUUGCGCAACAGGGCAGGCUCGAGAUGGAACGUGGGCUUGCUCACCUGCGCGGGCCGCAGCACCAUCCACUUGGCGCUAGUUCUACACAUGCUCGUGAAGCGCCGUUAUCUCACUCUUCUACGACCACCGGAGUUGCCGGAGAAACACCGGGGACCUAUGGAAAAACAUCGUCAUCCAUUGAAGCUACUCCAGGACCUACAAAUACCUCUUUUAAAGGAGGAGAAACUACUUACCCGAGUCACCAUCGCGAAGACGCGAUAGCUGGUGUGCCCUCGCCUCAACUUCACGAAAUCCAGGCUAUGGAAAAUCAUCCAAACCAGGCUCAAAAUAUGAACUCUGAAUAUGACCCUUCUCGAGCACCAUAUCGUCACCCAGUCGGACACACAGAUUACGCACCCAAAGUCCCACCAAGAGACUUCAAAGAUGCUGGCUUAGGCGUUGGUGCUGGCAACACACCUAACAACAGACCGGUAAACUGA